CUCACCAGGAAGCUCAUGAACAUAAGGACACGGAUACAAUUAGGAUGGAAGUGAUGCAAAGAUGAGUGAUGUAGGAGACCACAAGGAGGAGGACAGCUCUGGUGAAGUGAGAUUUCACACAGGGAAUGCAACCCAAGACCAAAGCUGGAAAAGAGUGUUGCAGGGGACAGGGGACAGUGUUUCUCCAACAUCAAGCGAUGUUGCUCUCAACAGUGAGCACUCAAUGGGAUACCCAAUCAACUUUGGGACUGGAGAUCGGAGACAGCAAGAUAGACCACAUUCACCUUCAUUCACUGUCACGUCAUUGAAAAGUGACAGGUCAAAGGGUUUCCCAGUCAACUUCUCCGCUGAUGACAUACAGCAAGCUAGACCACAUUCACCUUCAUUCACUGUCACAUCAUUGAAAAGUGACAGGUCAAAGGGUUUCCCAGUCAACUUCUCUGCUGAUGACAUACAGCAAGAUAGACCACAUUCACCGCCAUUCACUGUCACCUCCUUGAAAAGUGACAGGUCAAAGGGUUUCCCAGUCAACUUCUCCGCUGAUGACACUUCACAGGAGAAGAAUGAGGCAACAGGGUGUUUCAUCAAAGGUGUCCCUGACAUCCAACACCAAAGUGAAGUCACAGAUAAAAUGGCAUCAUUUCAGAAAUUUCACAAAGACUGUAUGUCGAGGAAGUUUAAAACCCUAUCUGAAGGACCAUCACCACAUACAAACCCACUUCUCCUUAACGAGAUCUACACAGAGCUGUACAUUACAGAGGUGGAACGUGAAGAGGUCAAUAAACAACAUGAAAUCAGACAGAUAGAGAAAGCCUCAAGAACAGCAGCAAUAGAAGACACGCCAAUCAGCUGUAACGACAUCUUUAAACCCUUACCUGGACAACACAAAACUAUUAAAACAGUGUUGACUGUGGGAGUGGCUGGCAUUGGAAAAACAGUCUCUGUGCAUAAGUUCAUUUUAGACUGGGCUGAAGGAAAAACUAAUGAGGAUGUCCAAUUCAUAUUUCCUCUUCCUUUCCGAGAGCUGAACCUGUUGAAGGAGAAGAAACUCAGUCUGUUGGAUCUUAUUGAGCACUUUUUCUCAGAAAUGAAAAGCCUUCCACCAGUCUUCACCAGUUCCAAGCACAGAGUCAUGUUCAUCUUUGAUGGCCUGGAUGAGUGUCGAAUUCCUCUGGAUUUCCAGUCCAAUCCAAAGUGUUCUGAUGUGACAGAGCCAGUGUCAGUGGAUGUGCUGCUGACAAACCUCAUCAAGGGGAAUCUCCUUUCCUCUGCUCUCCUCUGGAUCACCACCAGACCAGCAGCAGCCAAUCAGAUCCCUCAUGCGUCCACUAACCUAGUGACAGAGAUUCGAGGAUUCAGUGACCCACAAAAGGAGGAGUAUGUCAUGAAGAAAAUCAGUGAUGAAGAUCUGGCGAAAAGAACCAUCACAUACCUGAGGUCAUCCAGGAGCCUCUACAUCAUGUGUCACAUUCCAGUAUUCUGCUGGAUCACAGCUACUGUUCUAGAGAGAAUGUUGAGUGGAACAGAGAAUGUUGAAAUCCCCAGAACUCUGACUCAAGUGUAUGUUCACUUUCUGACCAUUCAGAUUGGUAUCAAAAAUGUAAAGUACUCAGAGAAACAAAAGGGAAAAGACACAGAUGAAGAGAUGAUUUUCAAACUGGGGAAACUGGCCUUUCAACAGUUGGAGAAGGUCAAUCUGAUCUUCUAUGAGGAAGACCUGAGAGAGUGUGGCAUUGAUGUCACAGAAGCAUUAGUGUACUCAGGAGUGUGUACUCAGAUCUUUAGAGAGGAGUCUGGGCUGUACCAGGGGAAGGUGUUCAGUUUUGUGCAUCUGAGCAUUCAGGAGUUUCUUGCAGCUUUGUAUGUGUUCCUCAGCUUCAGCAAUAAAGAAAGAACAGGAAAAAACAAGCCUGACCAACAUCAAAUGUCUCAGCUCUCUGCUCUGUUCAGAGCUUCAACACUUCACGAUCUACACAAGACUGCAGUGGAUCUGGCCUUACAGAGUAAGAACGGACAUCUGGACCUUUUUCUACGCUUCCUUCUGGGCCUUUCACUGAAGUCCAAUCAGAAACUCCUGCAAAAGCUGUUGAAGAACAGAGGUGCCUCCAUGGACAAGGAGAAGACGGUUGAGUACUUAAAGAGUAAUUUUUUAGAGAGUCACUCAUUGGAGACAAACCUCAAUCUUGUCCACUGUCUCAAUGAAUUAGGAGACACCUCUAUGGUGGAGGACAUACAGAGAAGCCUGAUAUCAGGUCAACCUCCUUGGCCUGAUGACAAACCCCACUCGUUUCACCAAUGUGCUUCUCUUGUGUACCUGCUGCUGACUGCAGCCGAAGGCCAAUAUGAGUUUAAAUACAACCAGAUCAUCAAAACAGAUACAUGUCUGGUGAAGAUGCUACCAGUUAUCAAAGCAUCCAUAAAAGCUCGGCUUGGGAAGUGUUUGCUCACUGCUAACAGCUGUAAGCUGCUGGCCCCUGUUCUUACCCAAUGCUCUUGCCUGGUCCGAGAUCUGGACCUCAGUGACAAUGAGAUCGGCGAUGCUGGAGUGAUGACACUCUCAGAGGCGCUGUCAAACCCAAAGUCCAAACUGGAAUCACUAUGGUUGAGGAACUGUUCCCUGACAGAGAAUAGCUGUGCCUGUCUGGCCUCAGUGCUCUCCUGUAGCUCCUCACUCAGACAGCUGGACCUGAGUGGAAACAGGAUUCAGGACGCUGGAGUGGAACUCCUCACUGAUGGUCUGAGGAGCACACACUGCACACUGGAGGAGUUGAGACUCCAUAACUGUGGCCUCACAGAUGAGAGCUGUGCUUCCCUGGCUUCAGCACUGAGGUCCAACCCUUCCCACCUGAGAGAGCUCCACCUGAGCGGCAACACUCUGAGGGAAUCUGGAGAGAAGCUUCUGGAAGCACUGCAGAAGAAUCCACAUAAUAGUCUGGAGAGUUUGAUAACAGGAUCAAUAGAAGAUGAUAGUGCUGAAGCUGAAGAAAUAACCAAAGAAGUAACCAGAAUCAUGACCAUCACCACACAAGUUGCAUCUGUGUCAAAUGCCAAUGAUGGAAGUGAUGCAAAGAUGAGUGAUGUAGGAGACCACAAGGAGGAGGACAGCUCUGGUGAAGUGAGAUUUCACACAGGGAAUGAAACCCAAGACCAAAGCUGGAAAAGAGUGUUGCAGGGGACAGGGGACAGUGUUUCUCCAACAUCAAGCGAUGUUGCUCUCAACAGUGAGCACUCAAUGGGAUACCCAAUCAACUUUGGGAUUGGAGAUCGGAGACAGCAAGACAGACCACAUUCACCUACAUUCACUGUCCUGUCAUUGAAAAGUGACAGGUCAAAGGAUUUCCCAGUCAACUUCUCCGCUGAUGACAUUUUACAAGAGAAGAAUGAGGCAACAGGGUGUUUCAUCAAAGGUGUCCCUGACAUCCAACACCAGUUGAGGAACUGUUCCCUGACAGAGAGAAGCUGUGCUAUUUUGGCCUCAGUGCUCUCCUGCAGCUCCUCCCUCAGACAGCUGGACCUGAGUGGAAACUGGAUUCAGGACGACGGAGUGGAACUCCUCACUGAUGGUCUGAGGAGCACACACUGUGUCCUGGAGGAGUUGAGACUCCAUAACUGUGGCCUCACAGAUGAGAGCUGUGCUUCCCUGGCUGCAGCACUGAGGUCCAACCCUUCCCACCUGAGAGAGCUCCACCUGAGCGGCAACACUCUGAGGGAAUCUGGAGAGAAGCUUCUGGAAGCACUGCAGAAGAAUCCACAUAAUAGUCUGGAGAGUUUGAUAUUGGUUUUUUAUACGGAUAGAAGAUUUCCGUGGAUUCCAGACGAGCUAAGAUGGCGAGCCUGUCCAAGAUAUUCAGCGUGCGUCAGAUGGUGAAGAAACCUUGCUGCAGUUGAUCAGACCGCCCAGCCUGCUGCAGUCUGAUCAACUGCAGCAAGGUUUCUUCACCAUGGCGGUCUGAUCAACUGCAGCAAGGUUUCUUCACCAUCUGCGUGAACUUCAAGCAGCGCACACGGAUUACAGAUAAGCGUUCCUUCCCACGCAAGGAGCCCAAAGGAAACUACUUUUGAAUGUUCUGUUUAUACCAUAAGGGACGUUAACAUUUUCUUUAAUACCUAAAAGGACUUUUUCUUACUUUAACAAACUCACUGAACUGCACUGAUUGAAUUGCACUUGCUCUUGAAGGGUGAUUGAUUGAUACUGGGAAAGUGUUUAUUUGUCAUUUUUACAAUUAUACUGCCUUACAUACGCCACAUCCAUACAUCAUACAUUGCCACACUUUACUAAUAACUACACACAUUUAUUUUCUUUCAUUUACUAAACUAAGGGAAACUGUACAAAAUAAAGUGCUUAUAGUUGCCAUA